AGCGGGUUGGUUUAAAGCGCUGGUUUAGUCCCAUGGAAACAGACCUGCUGGCCAGGGGAAGGAGCUACAGGCUGGUGGAUGGAUUAGGGGUGCGUAUGGAAACCACAGUGUGCCGACCAGUCCUGUCUCCAACCCACAUCAACGCCACGGCUUCAGAGACGUUCACGGUGCUUCAGCAGAAGAUGAGAAUUGUUGAGGAACAGACCAGCUCUCUGAGGGAUGACCUGAUCAUGCUGGGCUACGGCGACAAACGAGGUCAGUUAAAAACUUCAAACUCUUUCGAAGACCCUGCCAGCCAGAAAGGCAUUUGUCCUAUCCCGCGUGAAGUGACUCGUCCAGAAAAAACAAGUCUUUUAUGGAAGAACUGUCAGUUCCUGGUGAAUCGAAUGUGCCAUUUGGAAAACCUCAUCGAGUCCUUGAAGAGGAACAUCUUUCGUCUACAAACUGAAAAGGAAUUGAAUCCGCAGAAAACAGCCUUUCUGAAGGAUCAGCUGAACACGAUCCAGGAGGAGCACUCCGCGGACCUGAAGCUGCUGCACCUGGAAGUGUUGAAUCUGCACCAGCAGCUGGAAGAUGUCAAGGAGGAAGAGGACACGGCACAAGAUGAAGUCCAGAGAUUGACUGGCACUCUGGAAACGGCCAUUGAGACAAAGAAGAACGCAGCUGUUAUUGAGGAGGAGCUAAAGACCACAAAGCGUAAAAUGAACCUUAAAAUUCAAGAGCUAAGGAGACAACUGGCUCAGGAGAAGCACUUCCGGGAGUCUCUUGAGAAGUCUGCAUCAUCCAUGCUACUCAAAAUCCAAGAAAUGGGGUCCGCGGUGGAGGCAGAGCGGAAGCAGGUGCACAGUUUGCAGCAGAGCUGCUCCGCCCUCCGCAGCUCAGUACAGACCACCCAGGAAGUGCUGGCGCAGGAGCAGAGCAAGAACGGAGAGUUGGAGACAGCCGCCUCGCAGCUCAAGUCCGAUCUAAUUUCCAGAGAUAACCUCAUCUGCAAGUUGGUUGAAGAAAAUAAGAGCACACAAGUGUGUCUGAAGAAGGAGCGUGACGAGAACACACACUUGAAGUCCGAGAUGCUGUCCCUUCGAGAUGCGUCAGAAAAAGCACAGGUUUUGAAUGACCAGCUUUCCAGAAAGUGUUCAGAGCUAUCCAGCAUGCUUCAGAUUGUAAAACUUGAAAAUGCCAGGAUUGUUGCUGAACACCAUGCUAUUCUGCAGGUGGAGCAGAAGAUGAUCACAGAGACAUUUCAGGAGCAAAAUCUGCUUUUAGACGCAGCCCACGCCAGCAUCACCGGCGAACUCCAAACCGUCCAGAAGGAUAAAGCCCAGCUCCAGAUACACCUAGACCAUUUGAUCCUUGAGCACGGUCAGUGUCUCCAGAAAGCAAAGGAGGCCGAGAAAAGGACAACGAUACAGAAAGAACUUCUGGAAUCAACUAUUGCAAGACUGCGGGGCGAGUUGGAAGCAUCAGUGCGAGAGAAGAAGUCUCUGCUAGAGAAGAAUGAAAGGUUUCAGCAGGAGGUCAACAAAACAGAAAAGGAAGUAGCCAAAGAAAAAUGCAGUUUGGAAAAGGAAUUAGCUAAAAGCAAGGCAGACAUAAAUGUAUUGAACCAAAACCUACAGACUCUGGUGGAAGAGAAUAAGCAGCUGACAGACAAAAUGGCUUCCCUGGAGCAUCAGAGAGUCGCGGCUGACUACCAUGGGUUUGCUCAACAGAAAGUGGAAAAGGCCUUGGAAAGAAUUACUGAGAGUAAGAACAAACUGGCCUACGAAAAGGGGAAACUCCAGAUAAAAGUCAAACAGCUGGAAGAACAGCUGCACUCUUUGGCAGAGACCAGACUGCAGAACGACCGUCUGCACAAAUGGAACAAGGCUCUAGAGGUCAAACACAUUCAGGCAAACUCAGAACUGAGUGCCAGCAAGGCAUACCUGCAACAGACAGAAGCUCACCUCAAAGAGAUGAAAUCUAUUCUUGGGAAAAAUGAGGAAGAGCUGGCCCAGGCUGUGAAGUGUCGAGAUGCUGCCCUGAAGGAGAGCCAGAAGCUGAGAGGGGACCUGGAGGCUCUGGAAGACAGGGAGAACAAGAAGGUGGGGAACUUUCAGCGGCAGUUAGCAGAGGCCAAAGAAGACAACUGCAAAGUGACAAUCAUGCUGGAAAACGUGCUGGCUUCUCACAGCAAGAUGCAGGGAGCUCUGGAGAAGGUCCAGAUCGAGCUCGGGCGGAGGGAUUCGGAGAUCGCCGGCCUCAAGAAGGAAAGGUCUCUUAAUCAACAAAGAGUACAGAAGCUUGAAACCGAAGUGGACCAGUGGCAGGCCCGGAUGCUGAUUGUGGAGGCCCAGCACAGCAGCGAGAUGGAGCCGCUGCAGAAGUCUCUAGAUGUAACUAGAGAGGACAACAGGAAACUGGCCAUGAGCCUAGAGCAAGCUCUCCAGACAAACGGCCAUCUGCAGUCUAAGCUAGAUCACACCCAGGAAAAACUGGAAAGCAAAGAACUUGAGCGGCAGAAUUUAGAAGCCUUCAAAGAGCGGAUGGCAGAGGAGGCCAAAGUAGAAGCGGAGUUGCAUGCGGAGCGCAUUGAAGCCCUGAGAAAGCAGUUUCAAGCCGAGAGAGAGACUGCCAAGAAAGCCGCACAGAGGGAGCUGGCUGAGCUGAAGAAAGCUCUUGAUGAAGCCAACUUCAGGUCAGUGGAAGUGUCCCGCACAAACCGAGAGCUACGACAGAAGCUUACAGAGCUGGAGAAAGUAGUGGCCAGUAACAAGGAGAAACUGAAGAAUCAAAAGGCUCAAAUAAAACUGCACUUGUCAGCCAAGGCACACAACGCACAGAACAUAGAGAGGAUGAAGCAAAUAGAAACAGAAUUGAGGCAAAUGGAGGUAAUUAAGGAUCAAUAUCAGAAAAAGAACUACGAGCAGUCACUGAGUAUCCAGAGAUUUGUCUCCGAAAUGAACACCCUGCAGAAAGAAAUGGAGCUGUUGGCCAAAAGCCAGUAUGAAACCUCAGCCCGGAAUAAGCAGCAGGAGCUCAAACUAGUGGCCGAGCGGAAACUGAGGCAGGAGCUAGAAAAUCGAUGUGAGGAAUUGGAGGAAACUAUCAGACACCUGAAGAAAUGUAAAGAAGCAACAGAGAAUAAACUCAAAGAAGCCAGUGUGGAGUCGGAACAGAUAACAGCUAAUCUGGAAGAAGCUCACCGCUGGUUUAAAUGCAGGUUCGAUGGCCUACAGCUUGAGCUGACCAAAAACAGGCUGCAGAGGCUUCCCCGGGAAGACAAGUGGCCAGAAGAGAGUCACGAUCUGAGGCGUGAGGUUGCAUCCAGCCAAUCUGUUCUCCAUCGAUGGGAGACUAAACAAAACCUCGGGAUCGUACCCAAGAAGUAUCAUUCUGACACAGAGAGGAAGAAGUGUCCUUGACAGAGGAGCCUCCUGUGAGAAGUUAUGCCUCCAUGAUCCUGCUGGCCAGCAAGAGGGGCUGGCCUGUUUCUACGUUGUAAGAACGUGUUGUGCACUCGAGAUUUUGAACCUUAUCUUUUAUGAACUCUUAUAUUACUGCAGAAACACCCCAUCUUUUUGUCCUUUUUCCUACCUUCCACACAAUAAAUUUAGUUUGUUUUAUGAUAGUA